GAAACUUAGAAGAAGAAUCGGACUGUGUUUAUUCCCUCUGCACCGUUGGCUGUUCUCACUCAGUCUCCUGUCAUCAAAACCCAUUUAUACGGAGAAACUUUGUAUAUUUUUGGUUGAAGAACUAAGAAACGCACCUCCAUGUGUUUGCCGCAGCAAUGAUGGCAGGUAGGGGCAGGUUGGUGCCCUGUGUGUGUCUGGGGCUGUUUGGUGUCUUGUGCUGGGUCUGGGUCUCCUUUGCCUCCUUUCCAGACGACCAACUUGCCCUGGAGGCCUUGGAUGCAGUGGACCGUGGAGCCUUUCAGCCCCAGAGUGCCCUAUCAGAGAUGGAGUUUGCCUCCGUCAGCUCAUACACAGGACCUGGCAACAGUGACCGCCGCAGCAACAAGGAGCUGCCAAUUCUCCUCUGGUGGAGUGUAGGGCUGUUCCCUCAUUUUCCCGGUGACACUGAACGCAUUGACUGUGCCACAUCCUCCUGCCUGGUCACAAGCAACCGCAAGGUCCAGCUGUACAAACGGACAGCAUCCAUCAUCUUUUAUGGAACAGACUUCAGGGCAUAUGAGGCGCCGCUCCCUCGUCUCCGCCACCAGACCUGGGCACUGUUCCAUGAAGAGUCACCCAUGAAUAACUACUUCCUCUCCCAUGGACCGGGAAUCAGGCUGUUCAACUACACUGCCACGUUUCGCAGGGAGUCGGACUAUCCUCUGACCCUGCAGUGGCUGCCCUCUCUGGACUACUUGCUGAUGCCGGUGGCGGUGUCGCUGGAGGAGAAGAACAGGUUGAGGAGGGAGGGCCUGGCUCCUGUGCUUUACAUGCAGUCUCACUGCGAUGUACCAUCAGACAGAAACAGAUAUGUCCAGGAGCUCAUGAAGUACAUUCAGGUGGACUCUUAUGGGAAAUGCUUGAACAACAAACCUCUGCCUGAACAUCUGGAGGACACGGCCACAGCUACUGGCGAAGAUCACAACUUUAUGAAUUUUGUUGCUCGCUACAAGUUUCACCUGGCGCUGGAGAAUGGCCUGUGUCCAGAUUACAUGACAGAGAAGCUGUGGCGGCCUCUCCAUCAGGGCUGUGUGCCCGUCUAUCGAGGCUCCUCUGUGGUGGCAGACUGGAUGCCCAACGAUCACUCUGUAAUCAUCAUAGAUAACUUUCCCUCGCCGAAAGCUCUCGGUGAAUUCCUCAAACUUCUUGAUGGGAACGAUGGUGAAUAUGCAAAAUAUUUAGAGUUCAAGAACCCCAAACGCAUUACUAACACUCGUUUACUGGAGGCUCUGGAGACCCGUGAGUGGGGAGUUAAUGACAUGAGUAAGCCCAACUACCUGAAUGGAUUUGAAUGUUACGUGUGUGACCAGGAGAAUGCACGACUGGCAGCCGAACGAGCGUAUAGGAAAGCCCCUAAGAAGAACAAACCUCCUCAGCCUAAAAUGGCCAACAACGCUCACAUGGGGUGCCCCCUGCCCAGCCCGGGGUUCGGACAUGUCCGGGACUUACCUGCAGAUGAUGGAUGGUUGCAAAUAUGGCCUCAGGAUUACUGGCAAAGCUUGGACCAAGCAGAGGGGCUGGAGUCUCUGAUAAGACAUAACGAGUCAGACCCUUCACUGCUGUGGAAGCACAUCCAAAACAUUGCUGUGAGCAGAGCCAGAGGAAAACACUGACACAGGCCUUGAAACAAACAGAGGAUGGAGCACGUCCAGGAUUACAGGGGUGUCCCAUAUUAUGCAUCCCCUCUGUUUAAAUGGGGGAAUGAAUUAGAAAUUACUUAUAUUUUUGCACCUGAGCCAAACCCAUUUACCCGUAUGAGCAGUUUAGUUAUACUAUAACAGAUUUUCAUAUUGUAUUCUGCUGACAUGAUACUUUUGUCCUUUUGUCCCAAGCUCAGUAAUGGGAAAAUAAUGUUUUAGAGUGCUAUAUGCUAAUAUUUUCAAGUCGUUUUAUUACUAUAGCUGAGGUGCCAUCAUUGGCCUUACUCCGUCUUGCAUUGUUAACAUUAACUGCAUGUAGUGCAGUUAUUCCACAGAGGCACAUUCUCACAGGAGGCAGAUUUUCAGACUGGGGCAGAGCCAAAGACUUGUCCUCUGUACCAAGAGAGCGCUGCCUAACUGUGUGUGAAGACCAUCAAGCCAGUAGCCAAUAAACUGCAUUAGCUUCUUUAGUUACUCAGCAGGUAGCUGAUGGUUAUUACAUUUAUGUACACAGGUGUUUUAAGUGACAAUGCAAGGGAAAUAUUAUUUCACCAAGGAGUGGAGAAAUAUAAAGUCAGCCACAACUCCCCUGUGCAAAAGCAGUUCUCAGGAAUAGCUCAACUAAUGAAUUCAUGUGGCAGGUGCUUUAUAAUUUAAUUAUAUAAUUGUUUUUAUAACAUUGCCCAUAACUCUUUGCUGUUACAUGAUGCUAAGUUCAUGUUUAUGUGCAAUCUUUUUUUUUUUAAUCAUGCUUUUCUAAAUCAUGUAACAAAGACUCCAUGACAGUUCUGUGUGUUUACUAGCACACUGCCUUUGGUAGCACAUAUUUAUACCAGCAUUAUAUAAAUCAUUUUAUUUUCUUAACAAAUCAUCAUACAUGUGAACACACUAUUUUGUAUCAAGAAGAGCAAAAUAACAUUUUGUAAUAAAGUCAUUUUCUUGCAUAA